CAGCAGGGGCUGGAGGGAAAACACUCCAAAGCUCCCACGUGGAGAGGGACCCAACCUGUGCCUUAGGAAAUAGGAAGAUGUUCAGCUUAGGCUGUGUUUCAGAGGUCUGGGGCUGGACUGGGAAUUCCAAUUUGUCUUUUUGAGGGGGUUUGGUCCAGUAAGUUGAGGGUGAGCCCAGUUUAGGGGUGAUGAGGUGUGCGUGGUUCCUCUCUUUGGGGUUUUGCUGUGGCCAUAUGACACAACAGCACUGUCAUUCUGGCAUCUUUGGCUCCUGAUCAAAGUAGCUCCACUGCAGCUGAAGCUUUCUCUCCCUGUGAGAUCCUUUCCCAGUUUCUUCAAGAAGCUGCUCCAGGUGGCAAUUAGUGUUUCUUUUUUUUUUCAGGAACCACAUAAGUUUCAGGAGAGGGGAAGGAGGAAUUGAUUCUGCCGGCUGCAGAAGUUUGAUGUUAGUCAAGAUUCACUGCUUUUAAGGCAUAGUUACUCCAAUACAUUAGGCUUGGAGUUAAAAUUAAUGUCAGUGUAGUUUUUUACAUAAAAACAUGUGUGUUUUGGCUGAUAACAUUUUGCUGCUAUCUCUUCUCACCAGUUACGUGCUUGGUGAUAACACCAAAUAUACUCCUUCGGUCUGUAUAAUGUGGAAGGAUGUGGCCCCACUUUUACAAUUGGUCUUUAAAGAAAUAAUUUAAGGUAAAGGAGUGUAGAACUGUGGAAGGUAGAGGAACACGGUGUUUUCUCAGGGUGGUGAUGCACAGUCAUAAAUUGUCUUUGGUGAACAAACUUCCAGCACAUCUACAAAUGUCUGUAAGUCAAGCCAUCACUUUCUGAGCAGCACAAAUUUCUGAUCAGUUUUCAAAGCAUGAAUUUCUCUGUCAUAGAAGAUUCUCCCAGUGAAUGACUUUCAACCCAAAUAAUGGAUUCCUUCAUGUUUAAAGAUCUGUUUUACUAAAUACUAUUAGAAAACUGGCCUCCACCUUUAAGAAUAUCUUUUGUGUACUGGUUAAUAUUGGACCUUUGCUUGGCAAACUGACUUUGAGACAUUUGCAAUAAUGUGAACAAAGUAGUGCAUGGUCAUCUUUUUGGUAUGUUGUGUCUGUGAAUAGUAGCUCGUGUUCCCUAUCUUUAGACAACAUCGUGUCACAUUGGGGCUAGGGGGAACUGUUAAUAGAUCAGCUGCAAGGGAACUGAACUAAAUACCAGCAGGUUGUAACCUGAAUUCUAACUUGGUGUGUUUGGUCUGUACCUUUGAACAAAUGACCUGGCAAUUUUCUGUUGGUGGUGUGUAUUGUCAGUGUCUGGUGUCUCAUAGUUCCUACACAAAGUGCUAAAUAAACUCUGCACCACUGUAUUGCUGUUGUCACAUUUAAAUAAAGCCUGCUAUGAAUAGCAACUUGUCUCUCCUCGCUUUUUAUUCCAUAAUUUAGAUUAUUGUGCAGUGAAGUAGCUUUUCUUUCACAAAAGCAGUGUUGGGGCAAGGUGUGACACUGAGGGCAGACCCUGUCUAGGGCAGGAGCUGCUGUUGGGCUGCAGGUGACACUGAGAGCUCCAAGAGAAGGAACACCAGCCAUGCCACUGCUCCUGGAGCAGGCACUGCACCUCCUGGGAAUCACCUCUGCCUCCCUGGCCUCUCCACCAAUAUUCACCUUGAACCUGGGAUUUUCUUCAGCAUUUUCCUGCGCUCCCUGAGGAGAUACACAGCCCUGGAGCAGGGGGAAGACAACAAAUGUACAAGUGCUCCUGUGAACUUCUGUCUGGACCUUACUGAUACCAGAAACCUCCAGCUUGGCAAUAGACACCUGGAUUUGUGUUUGUAGGAUGAAAAAAGACCUGCUCAGUCUCCCACAGUGUCUCCACUUCUCUCCUAGCUUCUGUCAUACUGCUUUGGUGCUACAGGUGGCACAGUGUUGCAGAACUACUUUAUUGGAAACCAUCAAAAUUUUCAGUGUUUAUGGAUGUUCUGAUGAAGUAGUUAAGUAUGAUGGCAAAUACAUUCUCUCCAAAGCAGUGUGUUGUGACACCUGUGUGCUCUGUUCACCAUGCCCAUGGUGGAAUCAGGCUGUGAUUGUUGUGAACUGUGAUUUCAGGAGGAUGAUGGUGUUACAAUUUGGUUUUAGAGGAUUGUUGGUGAUGGGCAGCUCCAGGCCAAUUUUAAGUAUUGUUUAGAAACUUGUGAAGGCAUUAAUGUGACCCAGAAGGAUGAUGUUACUGUAUCAAACAAUGCCUUUUAGCACUGUUACCUGAACUUUGUGGUUGAAAAGAGCCUUUCUGCUUGAAAGGCAGGAAUCUGCAUGAGCAAGGCUUUUUUGGAAUUGUGCAUUGAGUUUUUCAUGUUACACAGAAAGAGCUGCUCUUCCUGCUCCAGGUAACUCUGGUCUGGUUUGUUAUUUAUCAUGGUCUAGUCAGGCAUGCAAAGAUCUUUGGAAACAUCCCUGUGAAAUAUUAAAAAAAAAAAAAAGAAAAUCAUUGUUUUAUCUGAGUGUCUGCAAUAGAAAGUUUCUGUAACAUUUGGUUUUCAGGCUGCAGUGAGAGAGUGCAGUGUGUCCAGGCAGUGACCAGGAGGACAGGGAGGUGUUCUGGGGGUGCUCAUGUUGGUUUUGGGGUCUGGGCUGGUGUGUAAGGGAAGGAAGAAGAUCAAAACAUCCCAUGGAGUGUGCUGGUCCCACAGAAAACACAUCCCAGCACCUGGAAGUGGUGGUAGAGCUUGUAUGGAUGCUGAGCUUGCUGCUGCUUUAGGAUUUCCUGGUGGAGGUGGGAGGGAACAGCUGUACCUCAACCUUCCCCAAAACCCCUUUGAACUGCUGUGUAACACCCUGAAAUUGGCCACUGACUUAGUCCUGGUGUAUAAAUGCUGAAAUAAGAUUAAGAUGGCAGUUAAGAAAAGAAAAUUUAACUUCUUGAUCUUUUCCUGAGAGUUCAGAAACCCCUACUUUUGUGUGUGGCUGAAGUAAAAGCAUUCAGUGCUUAACUUUGAAAAUAUCUCAGCAAUAGUAAGCUCCAGAGUAUGGCUGAAUGGCUGGAUGACUUAAGGAGCCUUGCAUGGAAUAAAUAAGAUUUGUUUUCUGUGGCUGUCAUUAGGGUUGGCUGGAAAGGAUUAUCGUGGAUGACUCAAAGCAGAUGUUCUCCAGUAAACUUCUGAGUGAAUUGGUCUGUGUGCUAGUCAGUGCUCUCAACAGGAGCGCAGCAUGGGAGAAUUUGCAACACCUUAUCAAUUACUUAUCAAUUAUUUUGAGCUUUUUGCUGUAAGCUCCUAACUGGGGGUCCUGGAAGUUGUUUUGGGGGGUACUAAAGGGGUUGCAGUGUGAGCAGACAAAGGCACAUAGAAACUAAAAUGCAAAUUCCUGGGCUGCUGACCUGGGCAGUUACAGCUUGGUGUCAAUAGGGAGCGGGGUUGAAUUCCCUGUCCUGCUCUGCUCCAUGGCACUUUACCUGUCUGUUCUGUUCCCAAUAAUCAUCUUCAGUAGCCCUUUGUGAUAAUAAAUGAUCAUUUCUGGUGCUGCUCAAAGCAGGGUGUUGUCCUGGCAGGUUUGGUAACAUUAUUGUCAGGUUGGUUAUGUGACAAUGUAGGAAUUUUAUUGUAGCAGUUGGUUUAAGGUGGAGGCACUGGUGUGCAGGAUGGGUGUGCUGCUGUUACCGCUACAGUGUCUUCCCAUGAACGUGUGAUACUUGAGAGGUGUUUUGGGAGAUCCUCUUGUUUCCAUCACUGUGUUUAACUGCACUACAAGAAAUUUCAUAAUCUGUGUUAUUUUAAAAUAGGCAAAUAUGAUUUUUACUGUAAGCUUGUCUUUAUGCCACUUGGAUGGAACAUGCUGAGAAAACGACACAAAGGGAAGGGAGGAGAAGUUGUUGAACGUGCUUGAACAUUUUAUGUAUUUAUUUUCAAAGAAUUAAGCUUCCCUACAGGUCAAAAAAAAAAAAAAAAAAGGAAAAUGAGAGGAGCUGCUGGCAGUUGUCUGGGGUGUGAGAUGUUCGUGCUCUGCUCAGCAGUUGCUCUGUGACAGCGCGUUCUCAAUUGGUUACAAAUGUGUGAGGAAUCCAAAAUGGGUGGUUUGUGUUCCAGCAGGAGCUGAGGGUGCAAGGCCACUUUCACUGUCCUUAAUUGGCACCACGUGUCCCCCAGAGCAGGGAGGGAAGUCACAGCCUGUCAGUGCUGGUGGGCUGCACUGGUGUGUGCCUGGGGGUACUGAACAAAGGCAAAGCUGUGACUGGAAAUUCCCUGAGCAGUUUUACCUUUCUGUAGGUGUGUGUGCACAUGAUGUAUCACUUUCCCCAUCUUCACCUUCUGAUAGACCAACGACCCUUCUUUUGCCAUCAGUUCUCCAUUUAGAUAAUGGAUAUUUGGGGAUUACCAGUAACUGCAAAAAUAAUUGUACCAGUUAAUGACGUGUACAACAGUGCCUUUUUCACUCUGGUAAUUCACAGUCUAAAAUAUGUGUUGGGAAGGAGAGUAUCGUGUUUUGCAAGUUUAAAAAUAUUUGUCUGGAAACUCCCAGAAUUGAGCUGAUGUUGUGUAUUGCUUGAACUGUGGUGCUAAACUGUCCUUCCUGGGCUCUGAGGGCAGGGCAAGGGUCAGAACAUGGAAGAAAGUCAGUGCACUGAAGUGAAAUAAUAAGAACUAAAAUAUGUCAGAAUAGGUGCUCUUGCUGCUCUAAAGGUUAAGCAGAGUUUUACCAGGACUGACCUCAUGGUAGGGCUUCAAAUGUCUGCAGAGUGGAGAAAGAACCAGGACAAAUUCAUUCAUCUUUGGCCUGGAGUUGAUUUUACACCUUAUAGGAGUAAGAAUCAUUCAAAGUCUGCAUGGACUUUAAACAUAAAUUUGAUAAAAGUGAGUAAAAAAAAAUCAGGACAAGUGUUUCAUCACUGACAGUGUUACCCAGGUAUCUCCUAAAUAACAUUAAACUCCUAAAUAGCACUAAACAGUCCUGCAGGGAUGGAUAAAACAUGGUCUGAGCCCAAGGUUUACUGAAAGGAGGAGACUUCAGCUCCUGGUGUUCUGUGGGAUCUCAGUGGAGGGGUAGAACUGACUUGGAAAAGCCAAUUCUCACACAAGUCAGUGUUUUUAAGAGGAGGGGUCAUGCAGGGGAUGUGUGGCUGGGGGGGCAGAGCUGCCUGGUGAUGAUGAUGAUGCUCCUGAUGAGGUUUCAGGAUGAUGUGGGAUCCCUGCAGAGGUUCUUGCUGAGAGAUUUUUCUCACAUGCACUUCACAUCCAGUUGAGUCACAAAUGCAAUUAAGCAAUAAAUGAGAGUGUGAUUCAAGUUUUCCUUUGCUUAUCUUUUAAAUUUAUCUCCAAAGGUGAAUUAGAAAUUCCAGGUUUCAGCACUCUUAACAUCAGGUAAUGGAAACAAGGAUCUCUGUAUAGGAUCAUGAACUGGUUUGGGUUGGAAAAGCAGUCCAGGAUGAAUGAGUCCAACCCAGCACUGCCAUUUUUGCCCCUAAACCAAGCCCCUAAAACGUGCAGUGUGUGGUUUGUGAUGGAAACCAUUAAAAUCACACGUGUGCUGAGGAUGUGCAGGAUGCACAGCUGUGAUCAGAGAACCUGAUCCUCACCUUUUCAGGGGAUGUGGGGUAGUGCAGUUCCUCCUCCCCAUGUCCAGCCCCAGCAAGGGGUGGUGGGGUGGCUGAGGCUGGGGCUGGUAGUCUGGGGACACUUGCUGGGCACAGCCCCUGCCCAGGAGGGAGCUGCAGGCUGGGACUGCAGUGUGCAGUGCAGGAGGUGAUUCUGGAAUGGAACUGCAGAGCAAUGCUUGGGUACAUCUGCAGCACUGAGCCCCACCUUUCCCAUUCCUGCUCCUGCUCCACUUGGCGCUUGUUCCCGUUAGGUGUGCACAGUUCAUUGAGGCUUUGCAGAGGGGUCUCAGAACUUUGUUACUCAGUCACAGCAGUUUUUUGCCACUGUUUCUUUGGGUUUUACAUAAGAGCGUGUUUGUUACAGCUCCUGCAGUUUUCAACUAGGUCAGUAAAAGUGUCCUUGUCCCUAUUCCUUGAAUAAUCAGCUCCCUAAAGCCAGACAGUCUGAUAGCAGUUUGUGAUUAAUGCUUCCAGCAAUUAUAAAGUGGAAGGUCUUAAAUUACAUUUGUUAACUAAGACCAGUACAUGAAACAUGAAGUGACUUUGUCUUCCUUGUUGCAGAUCCAUAACAUGGUGGCAGUGCUGGAAGUGAUCUCCAGCCUGGAGAAAUAUCCCAUUACCAAAGAGGCACUUGAGGAAACCAGACUUGGGAGGCUUAUCAAUGAGGUGAGGAAGAAGACAUCCAAUGAGGAACUUGCCAAACGUGCCAAGAAGUUGCUGAGGAAUUGGCAGAAGUUGAUAGAACCCGUAACCCAGAACGAGCCAGUGCCAAGGGGGCUGCCCAACCCGCCGGGAUCAGCGAAUGGAGGUGCUCACAACUGCAAACCAGACUCACAACUUCCUGCUGUGCCCGGCGCCAAGCCCAUCAGCGAACUGAAAAGCAGGAAUGACAUCCAGAAACUAAAUUCUCCAAAAGCAGAGAAACUGGGAAAUAGGAAAAGGAAAGGUGAUCACAGGGACGGGCAUCAGGGCCCUCCUCCCCCAAAGGUCUCCAAAGCUAGUCAUGAAGUAUUACAAAACUCUUCACCCCCUCCAACCAAUGGAAUUGGAGGUAGUCCUGAAAAUUUUCCUAGUCCUGUAGACAUAAACCUACACGCAGGGCCUGAAAGCAGCAGGACAGAUCUCAGUGAAAAUGAUAAACACAGUAAGAUCCCAGUAAAUGCUGUAAAACCUCACACCAGUUCUCCAGGACUUGUAAAACCUUCAAGCACUUCCUCGUUACUAAAGACUGCAGUGCUUCAGCAGCAUGAUAAAUCAGAAGAAGCCACGGGCCCCCACCAGCCCAAGAGCCCACGCUGCUCCUCCUUUAGCCCCAGGAACGUUAGGCAUGAUACUUUUGCUCGGCAGCACACCACGUACUCACCAAAGGAUUCGAUGCCCAGUCCAUCUCAGAGGUCUCAGUUCGCAGACGCCGCACCGGUGCCGUCGCCACCGCCGUCCCUGACGCAGCCAUCCUCACCUCCCGUGCCAGCCAAGAGACUGGAGUUCCCUCCUCAGGCGGCCCCCGAGGCGGCGCAGCACUGGCAGGAGCAGCAGGGAGCCCCCGAGGGCCAGCACAGGCACACAGCAGGGACACUUCAGCAGCACACGGCUCCCGGCUGCAAAGCCCACCCCGGGGAAUCACACAUGGGCUUCCCGCAGGACACUUCCAGAAUGGACAGUGACGAUGCUGCUUCAGGGUCUGAUAGCAAAAAGAAGAAAAGGUACCGACCCAGAGACUAUACAGUCAACUUGGAUGGGCACGUGAUAGAAGGGGGUGUGAAACCUGUGAGGUUAAAAGAGAGAAAACUCACUUUUGAUCCCAUGACAGGACAGAUAAAACCUUUAACACCGAAAGAUCCUUUGCAGGUAGAAAUCCCUGCACUUACUGAACAGCACAGGACAGAAACAGAAAAGCAGGAGCAAAAACCUAACCUGCAAAGCCCCUUUGAACAAACGAACUGGAAAGAGUUGUCCAGAAAUGAAAUCAUUCAGUCAUAUUUAAACAGACAGAGUAGCUUGCUGUCUUCAUCAGGAGUACAGACUCCAGGAGCUCACUACUUCAUGUCUGAGUAUUUAAAGCAGGAGGAAAGCACUAGAAAAGAGGCUAGAAAGACUCACGUUCUAGCUCCUAACAGCAAACCUACAGACUUGCCUGGGGUCACCAGAGAGGUCACGGGCGAUGACCUCGACAGAAUACGUGACCACAACUGGCCAGGCGUGAACGGUUGUUAUGACACACAGGGUAACUGGUAUGAUUGGACACAGUGCAUAUCCUUAGAUCCACACGGGGAUGAUGGGAGAUUGAACAUCCUGCCUUACGUCUGCCUAGACUGAGAGCAGUUCUGCUAAGCACGCUUUUUACACCUGCACUUAGCAGAACUGGCAGACACGAUGCCACUUCCAGCUGGAGAGAGCCUCCUGUCCUGGACAAACAGGCCCCACGAGCAGAGAGGGGGGGAGGGAGCUGGGCCUUUCCAGCUCGUUCCUUUAAAUUCUCCUUUUGUGAAAUGCUGCUACCAGUUUACUAACAAUUGCAAAGGAAGGCAUACGAAGGUUUGAUCAGUUGAGUUCUAAACUCUAUAGCAAGCCAGCUAUAAAAAGUGUUAGUCCCCAAGAAGUGAAGAGGAUUUCCAGCACUUUCUGAAUGCCGGAAUCUUAUUACAGGCAGGUACAGAGAAAAAUUGUGGAAGUUACCUUAACAAAAUAUGCAUCUAUUUAUUUGACUUGAUUUGGGUUUUUAUUUGGCAGUGAGAUAUUCGAGAGACAAUGUGCAAAAACUGUAGUUUUAUUUCUAUCACAUCUCUGAACAUGAUUGAGUUAUUUAAGAGUCAUGUGGUACGGAGAUUGGGUUUUAAACAGCAGGUGUUGCACUGCAGGCUGGGCCACCAGCUUCAGCUCAACAUUCCAUAGGCAUCCACAUAUUUUAGUCUGGUUUCAGUUUAAAUCCAGUCUCUGAGAAAUGCUGCAAAAACUAGAUGUUUAAUGAUAUUUUUUGAUCCCACCACCACCAGCCAAAUAUUUUUCCUCCUUUUCCCUUCCUGCAAACUUAUAGGUAAAAAACAAAAAGACAAAAAAAACCAAAAAGACAGAAAGAAAAAAAAAAAAGAAAAAUCACCUUUUCUAGAAUCUAAAUGUAAUGAGGGUGCUACAAGUUUGUAACUGUACUGUGAGAGGGAAAAAGGAAGCCUGUUUGUAUGCUGGAAAUAUACUUGUUACCAUUCCUUUAGAUAUUGUUUGCCUUAUGGAUAUCCAUCAUAAACGCAAUUUGCAAAAACAAAGAGCCUUAGUGAAUGUACAGUAACUAGACUUCUGUGUUCCUGGGAUGCAGAAGGGAGCAACUUUGCUAUUUGGUCCUUUAAGUGGACACGUUGUGAUAUAAAUGUGGAAAUAAAAAAAAUUUGCACAAACCAGUUUGUGAAUUAUUUAUAUAUACUCCACUUGUUUCCCCCCACCCCGAGUUUGCUCAGUUCAGCCCAGCCAGGGGAGCCCUGGCACUGGGGACCCCUCGGAGCAGGGAGGUGGAGCCGAAUCCCUCGGACACUGCUGGUAGGGAGAACGGGAUUGUCUUCCAAGAACCUCCGUGUGCUGUCCAGUCACACAGGGUGGAUCUGUUUUAACCCUGGAGACUGAUAACCCAACUGUUGAUAAUGUACCUCAAAGUCUAAAGAGAUCAGAUUUCAACUUUGUAAUGUUUUGUUCCUAUUCGUUACGGUGCUUUCUGAAGCAGCCUGGGGUGUAGAAAGUGAAGGAUUUCUAUUAACUGUAAUUGCUUUAAUAUUUGGGGCUGUGUUGUUUGAUGCAGUCCCCAGUGUUGGGCUUCUGUUCAGGGGGUCGGGGAGGGGACUCUAUACCAAAAAUAUUCCUGGGUUUAGUGAUGUUAACUCUGUUAACCCAUCUGUGCUGGAGAUGUGCCUUGGCAAGAGCUGUCCUGCCUUUGAGGGUAGAGUCAGGCUCUUCCCUGACUUUCAAAGGAAGGUGCUCCUGGCCAGGCCAGCAUUGUGUUGGUCCAUUCCCUGGAAUACAACUGAUGAAGUCUGGUUUAUUUUUAAGUCAAUCUUGUUCAUAAUUUAUGAUCUGACUGUUACUGAAAUGUGUGGGUAUCUCAGAAAUAACAAUGUCUGUGUGCUUCCAUUUCUGAAAUCUGAGGUCUGAGAGUGAAACCAGAAGUGGUUACCAAAAAAUGCGUCCAAGUAUAUUUUCAGUUUACUUCCAUUCUGUCCUUCUGCAGUUGCUGAGGUUGAGCAGUGUGGUUUAGAGCUGGGGCAAGUUUCUGUCUUGCAGUUCAGAUGUGAUGGUAGAGGGCUAAGCUGCUGGUCAUUUUGGAAAUGCUUAAGUUUUGUUUAUGUAAAAAAGUACUGUGCAUCUUAUCUCCCCCUGCCCUUCCUCCCUCCUUCCCUGAAUGGUCCCAUUUAGGAACAGGGUCCGUGCUCUUUGGAGGCCUUUGAAUUCAGGAAAUGAUGAAGUUUUACUUGAUAAAUUCCAUCUUUUUCUCCACCGCUUCCAUUUCUGAUGCAAUUGAUGGCCCUUGACUGCACUGGGUGAGGUGAUAUCCAAAGCUCAUCGCAGCUUUCAGAUUCCACCCAAACUGCCUGUGCUGGUGCUCCUCUCCUGGAGGAAGCACCAGGAAUCAGACCCAGCCCUUUCCCUGGUGGUACAAAAACUGCUGGAGAAAUUCCCUCCCAAUGCAAGCUUUAAAUCUUGUUCCUUGCUGAGUUUGUUGCUGCUGUAAGGGGUCAACUCACUUGUGUGUCCUCCAGGGUGAGAUGAGGCUUGACAAUCUUUAUUUCAGCAUGCCAGUAUAACCAGUUCUGUGAGCUCCAACAAAUGUGAAUAAGUUUACAAGGUGAUAUUUUUUUGUCAAUUUUGUAAACAAGUUCAAAUGAAGUUUACCAUGUGCGUA